AUGAGCUCGCCAGCGGGAGACAGCGGCGCGGCCACGCUGACAGGACCUGCCCCCGUGAAGUGCAUCUUCCCGUACCGCGACCCGAGUCUGCCGCUUGCGCAGCGGCACAAAAUCAUUCUGAUGAAGCGCCGCGUGCGUCUGCAGCAGGAGGCGCUCCUGCGCAAGCGCCAAGCCGCCAACGGCGAGGCAUCCGCGACAAGCGCAGAGCAAGGCAACGGCGAAGAGCCUCAGAAGCUUUUCCUUGCCUCGCCGCUCACAGGCUUCGAAGUCAACUGGAUCAUGGACGACUCGAACCUCGAGAGAUUUCUUCGCGCGCGCGAGUGGAAUGUGGCGAAGGCCUUUGCGCUGCUGAUGGAGACUGUGAAGUUCCGCCGCGAGGCGAAGCCUGAGCGCGUGAAGCCGAGGGAAGUCAUGGCCGCCAACGAUGAUGGCAUCAUGUAUCGCAGAGGCUACGACAAACAUGGGCAUCCUAUCCUCUACAUGAGGCCCGCGAAGAACAAACCCGACGCGGACGCAGAGACGUCGAUCAAGCUUCUGGUGUAUAUGCUUGAGCGCGCGGUUCAGUCCAUGAAGCGGCAGGAAGGCAUCAGCGGAAUCACCUUCAUCGUCGACUACAACGGAUACACGAACGCCAAUCAACCUCCGCUCGCCGUCGCGCUGCGCUUCGUCGACAUUUUCCAAAACUUCUACCCUGAGCGUCUCGCUUUGGCCUUUGUCAUCGACACGCCAUGGUACUUUCCGCCGUUUUGGAACUGCCUCGCGCCUUUCCUGCCCAACCGCACAACGAGCAAAAUCGUCUACUGCGCGACGAACGACCCGAAGUCUCUGGAGCCUCUCUUCGACCAAGUGCCCGCGGAGUACAUUGAGUCUUGGAUCCCGGGCGGGCAGGCGACUGAGCCCUACGACCACGCGGCCUACUGGGCAGCGGAAGCGAAGCAGUUUGAGGGCUACAUGAAGUUCCUGCAAGAGGAGUUCAUCGGCAAGACGCAGGAGCAGCGCCUCGCGGAGGCGAAGGCCUUCCAGGACGCGCAGGCCGCCGGAAAGAAGGGCGACGAGGCCGUUGAGGCCGCGCGGACCGGCGGCGCGGAGGCUAAGAAGGCCGUGGGCGGUGGGUGCGGUGGAGACGCAGACACUCUUCUCGAGAAAGAAGAGGGAGAAGAGGACGUGGAAGAUGAAGAGGACGAGGAGCUAAACGAAGAGCUGAACGAAGACGAGGAGAAACGAAGACUGCUGCAGGAGGCGCUGAAAAGGAACCAGCCGGCGGAGACGUGA